AUGACUUGUCCCCUGGGCUGCUCGCGCCUCCCUCCCUGCCGCGCCGGCACAAUGAUGGCCGACAAGGCGCUGCGGGCCCGCCUCGCGCGCGCCACCCCGGCCCCGUUCCCCCGCCCAUCCCCCACCCCGGGCCGCGGCGCCCCCGCGCACCACCGGGGCGUCCCCUUCGGCGGCCCCAGGACUUGCCCCCUGCGCAUGCGCUCCCCCGCGGGCCGCACAGCGGCCAGCGGCGAGGGCGGCGCGGAGACGGCAACCACCCAAGCAGCGCCGCGCACCGCACCUGGGGCCAGCGUCGCGGGCGACGAGCCCGCCGAUGACGUCCUCGUGACGGAACAGGUCGCUGAGAUCCUCCAGGACGACUCCAAACCGCUCACGGAGCGCGUCGGCGGCGCGUGGGACUCGCUGCCCUACAAGCUCCGCCUCCUCCUGGCACUCAGCUCCUGCUUCGUCAUCUGCAACAUGGACAAGGUCAACAUCUCCGUCGCCAUCAUCCCCAUGGCCAAGGACCUCGGCUGGAGCCCCUCGGUCAAGGGCCUCGUGCAGAGCUCCUUCUUCUGGGGCUAUAUGGUGUCGCAGCUCCCAGGCGGCUUCCUGGCGAACAAGUUCGGCGGGCGCACGGUGCUCCCCGGCGGCGUGUUCCUCUGGUCCGCGGCCACCGCAGCCGUCCCGCUCGCCGCGCAGUCGCUCCCGACGCUGUGCCUGUCGCGCGCCGCAGUCGGGCUCGGCGAGGCCGUCGCGCCGUCGUCCGCGGCGGACCUCGUCGCGCGGUGCAUCCCCGCCAACGAGCGCGCGCGCGCCAUGUCGUUCAUCUUCGGCGGCCUGCACGUGGGCUCCAUCACGGGGCUGCUGGUCGCGCCAGGCCUGAUCGAGAGCUUCGGGUGGGAGAGCGUGUUCAUCGUGUUCGGGGGCCUCGGGCUGCUGUGGACGGCGUGGUGGGAGGCCGAGAUGAAGCGCAUGCUCCUCGCCGGCGAGGGCCCCGAGGCCGCGCCGCUGUCGCUGCCCAAGAGCGACAGCGACACGGGCGCGCUGCCGUGGCGGGGGUUCCUGCGCUCGCGGCCGCUCCAGGCGCUCGCGUUCACGCACUUCUGCAACAACUGGAUGCACUACACGAUGCUCGCGUGGCUCCCGACCUACUUCACGGAGACGCUGCACCUCGAACUGAGUCAGGCGGCGCAGGUGUCGCUGCUGCCGCCGCUGGCGGCGAUCGCGGUCUCGACCAUCGCGGGGCCGUCCGCGGACGGCCUGAUCGAGCGCGGCUGGCCCACCUCGCGCGUCCGGAAGACCGCGCAGGCCCUGGCGUUCCUCGGCCCGCUGGGGUGCCUGGUGGCGGUGCCGGCCUUCCAGGACCAGCCCUGGGUCGCGAUCGCGCUGAUCGCCGGCGCGCUCGGGCUCAACAGCUUCGCGCUCGCGGGGCUGUACUGCAACCACCAGGACCUGUCCCCGCGGUACGCCUCGGUGCUGCUGGGCAUGACGAACACGGCAGCGGCGGUGCCAGGGAUCUUCGGCGUGACGCUGACCGGGCUCCUGCUCGACCAGACGGACUCGGACUGGGGGCUCUCGCUGUUCUAUCCGUCCGCGAUGUGGUUCGCGUUCGGCGCGGCGGUGUUCGUCGCGCUGGGCAGCUCGGACAAGCAGGACUUUGACGGCAACAACGCGCCGUUCGCGUGGGAGGCGCGGCUGCCGCCGUGGAUCAAGCGGCGGUUCGCGGGCGCGGACGUGCCCAGCGCAGACGCAAACGGCAACGGCAACGGCAACGGCAACGGCAAGGCGGGGUGA